AUGAAUGACGACAGAAAACCCCCCCCAAAGAGGAAACCUGGGGAGGAUGACACGCUUUUCGAUAUUGAUUUCUUAGACGACACCACUCCUCCUUCUGAAUCCCAUUCAAAAACUACCAACUCACAUGCAAACGCGAAUUACGUGCCACCGAGCCAUGUAUUUCCCGAAGAGACUAUUGACUUAAGUGCUGAUGAUGAUAACAUUGAAAAUGAUGUGCAUGAAAAUCCAUUUAUGAGCAACAACGAUGACGACCAAACGUCUUGGAAUGCCAAUAGAUUUGAUUCAAGUGCAUAUCAACCACAAUCGCUAAGAGCAGUCAAACCUCCCGGUUUACUCACUAGGUUCGGUAAUGGUCUCAAAAAUGCCUUUACAUUCAAACGGAAGAAAGGGCCCGAAAGUUUCGAAAUGAAUCAUUAUAAUGCGGUGACUAACAACGAAUUAGAUGAUAGUUACUUAAACUCGAGGAAUAAGUUCAACAUUAAAAUCCUUUUCAACCGAUAUAUUUUAAGAAAAAACGGUAGCGACGCAGAAGGCAAUGGUGAACCAAGAGUCAUUCACAUUAACGAUCAUCUUGCCAAUUCCUCGUUUGGUUAUAGUGACAACCAUAUAUCCACUACCAAGUACAAUUUUGCUACCUUUCUGCCUAAAUUUUUGUUCCAGGAGUUUUCCAAAUACGCUAAUCUGUUUUUCUUAUGUACAUCCGCCAUUCAACAGGUGCCUCACGUCUCGCCAACCAAUAGAUAUACCACCAUUGGUACUUUGUUAGUGGUGUUGAUUGUGUCUGCCAUGAAAGAAUGUAUCGAAGAUAUCAAGAGAGCUAAUUCUGAUAAAGAAUUAAAUAAUUCGACGGCAGAAAUAUUUUCAGAAGCACAUGAUGACUUUGUUGAGAAACGAUGGAUUGAUAUCCGUGUAGGUGACAUAAUUAGAGUAAAAUCAGAGGAACCUAUUCCUGCCGAUACCAUAAUUUUGUCAUCUUCGGAGCCGGAAGGCCUUUGCUACAUUGAAACUGCCAACUUAGAUGGUGAAACAAAUUUAAAGAUCAAACAAUCAAGAGUAGAAACUGCCAAAUUUAUUGACGUUAGAACUUUGAAGAACAUGAAGGGGAAAGUUGUUUCCGAACAGCCAAACUCUAGCUUGUAUACUUAUGAAGGUACAAUGACAUUAAAUGAUCGUCAAAUACCGUUAUCCCCUGACCAAAUGAUUUUAAGAGGUGCAACUCUAAGAAACACCGCUUGGAUAUUUGGUUUAGUUAUCUUUACCGGUCAUGAAACCAAAUUAAUGCGUAAUGCCACCGCCACCCCAAUUAAGAGAACCGCGGUCGAGAAAAUCAUCAACAGACAGAUUAUCGCUUUGUUCACGGUUUUGAUCGUUCUAAUCUUAAUUUCCUCUAUUGGGAAUGUUAUUAUGUCUACGGCAGAUGCCAAACAUUUAUCAUAUCUUUACCUGGAGGGCACCAACAAGGCUGGACUAUUCUUUAAAGACUUUUUAACAUUUUGGAUUCUAUUCUCGAAUUUAGUGCCUAUUUCUUUAUUUGUUACCGUUGAAUUAAUCAAAUAUUAUCAAGCUUUUAUGAUAGGUUCAGAUCUGGAUUUGUACUAUGAGAAAACUGAUACCCCAACUGUGGUUCGUACGUCCUCUUUGGUUGAAGAGCUUGGUCAAAUUGAAUAUAUCUUCAGUGACAAGACAGGAACUUUAACAAGAAAUAUCAUGGAAUUUAAAUCCUGCUCCAUUGCGGGCCAUUGUUAUAUUGAUAAAAUACCCGAGGAUAAAACAGCUACUGUGGAAGAUGGGAUUGAAGUUGGUUAUAGAAAAUUUGACGAUUUGAAGAAAAAGCUAAAUGAUCCUUCUGACGAGGAUUCGCCUAUCAUUAAUGACUUCUUAACAUUAUUAGCUACUUGUCAUACUGUUAUUCCAGAGUUUCAAAGCGAUGGAUCUAUUAAAUAUCAAGCAGCUUCUCCAGAUGAAGGUGCGCUUGUUCAAGGUGGUGCAGAUUUAGGGUAUAAGUUUAUCAUCCGUAAACCAAACUCUGUAACUGUUUUAUUAGAAGAAACUGGCGAGGAAAAAGAAUAUCAAUUACUUAACAUUUGUGAAUUUAAUUCUACCAGGAAGAGAAUGAGCGCCAUAUUUAGAUUUCCUGAUGGUUCAAUAAAACUAUUCUGUAAAGGUGCAGAUACUGUCAUUUUGGAAAGAUUGGAUGAUGAAGCUAACCAAUACGUGGAGGCUACAAUGAGGCAUUUGGAAGAUUAUGCAUCUGAGGGUUUAAGAACGUUGUGUUUGGCGAUGAGAGAUAUCUCUCAGGGAGAAUAUGAAGAAUGGAAUAGUAUUUACAAUGUGGCUGCCACAACUUUAGAUAACAGAGCCGAGAAGCUAGACGAAGCUGCGGAUCUAAUUGAGAAAAAUCUAAUAUUAAUUGGUGCAACUGCCAUUGAAGAUAAGUUACAGGAUGGCGUUCCAGAGACCAUCCACACAUUACAAGAAGCGGGUAUCAAAAUUUGGGUUUUAACUGGUGACAGACAGGAAACUGCUAUUAAUAUUGGUAUGAGUUGUCGUUUACUGAGUGAAGACAUGAAUUUGUUGAUCAUCAACGAGGAAACUAAAGAUGACACUGAGAGAAAUUUGUUAGAGAAGAUUAAUGCUCUCAAUGAGCACCAACUGUCAACACAUGAUAUGAACACUUUAGCGCUCGUUAUUGAUGGUAAAUCAUUAGGCUUUGCAUUGGAGCCUGAAUUAGAAGAUUAUUUGUUAACUGUGGCGAAACUUUGUAAAGCGGUUAUAUGUUGUCGUGUAUCUCCAUUACAGAAGGCUUUGGUUGUUAAAAUGGUAAAAAGAAAGUCAUCUUCAUUAUUACUAGCCAUUGGUGAUGGUGCCAAUGAUGUUAGUAUGAUCCAGGCAGCUCAUGUUGGUGUCGGUAUUAGUGGUAUGGAAGGUAUGCAAGCUGCUCGUUCUGCUGAUAUAGCCGUUGGCCAAUUCAAAUUUUUAAAGAAACUAUUAUUGGUUCAUGGUUCCUGGUCUUAUCAAAGAAUCUCUGUUGCAAUCCUGUAUUCAUUUUACAAGAAUACAGCAUUAUACAUGACGCAGUUUUGGUACGUUUUUGCCAAUGCCUUUUCCGGUCAGUCAAUUAUGGAAUCAUGGACAAUGAGUUUCUAUAACUUAUUCUUUACUGUUUGGCCCCCUUUUGUCAUUGGUGUCUUUGAUCAAUUUGUUAGUAGUAGAUUACUUGAGCGGUAUCCACAAUUAUACAAAUUAGGACAGAAGGGUCAAUUUUUCUCUGUUUACAUCUUCUGGGGAUGGAUUAUUAACGGCUUUUUCCAUUCCGCAAUAGUAUUUAUCGGGACCAUAUUAAUUUAUAGAUACGGGUUUGCCUUAAACAUGCACGGCGAACUAGCUGAUCAUUGGUCAUGGGGUGUAACCGUCUAUACUACGAGUGUUAUUAUUGUUUUAGGAAAAGCUGCCUUAGUAACUAACCAAUGGACGAAAUUUACCUUAAUUGCCAUUCCUGGAUCCUUCUUAUUUUGGUUAAUUUUCUUCCCAAUUUAUGCUUCUAUAUUUCCUCAUGCUAACAUUUCAAGAGAGUACUAUGGUGUAGUUAAACACACAUAUGGGUCCGGUGUAUUUUGGUUAACUUUGAUUGUUUUACCGAUUUUUGCUUUAGUAAGAGACUUCUUAUGGAAGUACUAUAAAAGAAUGUAUGAACCAGAAACGUAUCAUGUUAUUCAAGAAAUGCAGAAAUACAAUAUCAGUGACUCUAGACCACACGUUCAACAAUUCCAAAAUGCCAUCAGGAAGGUAAGGCAAGUGCAAAGGAUGAAAAAACAAAGAGGAUUUGCCUUUUCACAGGCUGAAGAGGGUGGACAAGAAAAGAUUAUCAGAAUGUAUGAUACUACUCAAAAGAGAGGUAAGUACGGUGAAUUGCAAGAUGCCUCGGCGAACCCAUUCAGCGAUAAUAAUGGGCCAGAAAGUAAUGGCUUUCAAAGUGCAGAACCGUUCAUUGAAAAUCCUUUUGCUGAUGGUAGUCAAAAUCCAAGUAGAUUCAGCUCUUCGAGAGACGAUUUUUCAUUUGAUAUAUGA